CCGCACGUUGCAUUGUGUAUUUGAAGCUCUUUGACAUCUGUGAAGUUUGUAAACAAACAUGGUACCGAUGAGGAGGUUAUGGGCAUUUGUGGUGGCCAACAAUCGACGCAGUUUUACUUCCCAAGCUUUGCCGAAGACAUUGGUUAGUGUUAGUGUAGAGGAGAAUAAACCUCAACUUUCACCACUGGAACAUCCAGAUUACUUUCAUGUACAUGAUUUGUUUACCGUGCGCGAUUUAUUUAAUGCUAGGGUGCAUCUCGGCCACAAAGAAGGAUCCUUGGACGAAAGAAUGAAGCCAUUCAUUUUCGGAUCACGACUUGGGCAUCUUAUUUUUGACCUGGACAUUACUGCCUACCAUCUACGUCAAGCACUGAACUUCGCAGCUCAUGUGGCCUACAGAGAUGGCAUCAUUUUAUUCAUUUGUCGUGGGGCACAGAAUGCUCAUCUAGUGGAACGAACAGCAAAGGAGUGCAAAGAGUUCGCUCAUACGCGAUUUUGGAGAGGUGGUGUUCUAACAAAUUCAACCUUUCAGUUUGGUGCUGUUACUCGUUUACCUGAUUUGUGUAUUUUCCUGAACACACUGAACAAUAUUCUCACCGAGCACACAGCAGUUAGAGAUUGCGCCAAAAUGACUAUCCCGACGAUUGGUAUUGUGGACACAAAUUGUAACCCAAAUUUGAUUACAUAUCCAGUGCCAGGAAAUGAUGACACCCCCUGUGCAAUGAAAUUAUACUGCAAAUUAUUUAAAGAAGCGAUUUUAAGAGGAAAAAAGGCAAGGGAGGACCACCUAAAAGGGACAGUCUGAAACAAGCUAUAAAUUUUCUGUAUAUCGUUGCCUUAAACUUUAUUUGUACUGUAUUUGUCAAAACCUCUUUUUGCUGUAUCGUUUUCUUGUAAGGAAGUACCUACUUACACCUUGUGGUUAUACCAUGAACCAUUUAUAGUAGCAGCAUGUCUAUCCUGUGAAAAACAUUAGAAAAUUAAAAAGUUUAGUGACAUAAAUUCUCUUGUAAAUAGUAGUGUCACACGAAACUACCUAGUCUUUCAGGGGAGCCAAUAAACAUAAAGAUGCUUAAAUAGUCCUUUUGAGCAUCAGAAGGUGUAGAGGAAGAAUAGAACUUUGACACACAUCUUAGCUAUAGCUCAGUUCCCUCGACUUCUGAAUUUGAUUAUGAUGUCAUAAUUGUCACUGCAGUAUUCCACCACUCAAUAUGUCAAAUAUUUUUUGUUAUACAUUUAGUCAGAUGUACUACAAGAAAUUGUCCAUUAUUACUUUUAAAAUAAACUUUAUUCUUCGACAGAAGAUUGUUAUUAGGCUUAUCAGUAGUAGGUCAUACUGUAAAUACGUGUCAAAAUAAUAUUAGGUAAAAUUGGA